ACCUCGCGGUGACGUCACGGCGCGAGGUUUGGGGGGGCUUUCCCUGACGUCACCGCGUGUUUACAUCUCGCGAGGGCCGACUUGUCUUCUUCGGGCAGCGUUAAAUCUCGGUAAUUAGAAGAAGAUCAUUUCGCUACUUUAUUUAGUUUCGCGACGUUUUUGGGGUUUGGUUAGUGGGUGGUUAUCUUCCUCGUGAGGUAGCGGCGGGAGAGGGCUGCGCUCCGUCGCCGACUCGCGGCGUCUUCCGGCGGCCUGGAAGCAGGAAGUCCCGAGGCCGCUCGUGGGCCCGGUACCAAGGAGCGGAGGUGAGCGGAGAUGUCGCUGGAGCACGAGAGGCCGCCCCGCCUGCAGAUGAACGGAGCCCACGCCAUGGGCACCUCACCGGUCGACGCACAGGGGCCCCUGCGCAUGGGCCCCUCGUCCUGCUCGGGGCCCCCUCCAUCCAGCCUCUUCUCGCCCGAGGAGACGGUGCAGCAGAUCCGAGACCUGCUGCGCGAGAACGACGAGCUCAGGAAUGCCGUGAAGACCAUGACGCAGACGAUGCAGCAGCAGUACACGGACAUCAUGGCGUGGCGCGACGGCCUGCAGAAGGAGAAGGAGUUUGCCGUCGCCAAGUUCACGGAGGCCCGGAUCAGCGUGGAGAGGCUGACGACCGAGUGCAAUGGCUACAAGCGAAAGCUGCUGCAAGCGGAGAAGCAGCUCCGUGGCGGCGGUGAGGAGGAGGAGGAGAACGAGGAGAGCGCCCGUGCGGAGCCCAAGAGCGCGGGCUCUUCUCUGUCGACGCUGGCCAGCGCCUCGGCAAGCCUCGCCUGGGAGGAUGACGUGAGCCACAUGGCAGCGAACUUGAGGGCGCCGGGCGGCGAGGGCGAGCAGACCGAGUACGUGGUGCUGCUGCGCAACCAGAAGGAACACCUGGAGGGCGAGGUGCGCCAGCUGAAGGAGCAGCUGCACAAGAUGAUGCAGGAGAAGGCGGAGGUGGUCGCCCUCAACAACGAGCUGCAGCUGCAGGCCAGUGCCGAUGUGGCGGACGGCGAAUCGAGCCCUCGGACCGACGAGUCCUACGUGGAGAUCCGGGAGGUGGAAGGCAACAUGGUGGAGCAGCCAUCGCGGAGAGAGAAACUCCUCAACCCGGAGAGCGGCAGCAGCAGCAGCGCAGCGCCGCUGGAGGAGGGCCGCACUUACAGCAGCUCCACCGAGCUGACCGUGAGCCGCCUGCUGCUGCAGCUGCAGGAGAUGACCAAGCAGCGGCAGGAGGUCGACGAGCUCCUGCGAAAGAGCGAGCGCAGCAAGGCGGAGCUGGAGCUGCGCGUGUCGGAGGCGGAGAGCCGCCUGGCGGACGCCGCGGCGGAGACGGCGUCGCUGCGCGACGAGCUGAGCGCGCGCCUGCGCGACAAGGAGAGCGAGCUGGCGCAGCUCGCCGGCGCCAACAGCACGCACCGGCAGGACGCGCAGAAGCGCAUCGAGGCGCUCAUGCGGCAGAUCGACGAGAUGAAGCGCAGCCACGCCGAGAAGCAGCAAUCGCUGGAGGACGUGCAGAUGCUCAAGUCGCAAGUGACCUCGCUGGUCGGGGAGCUCAACGAGGCGCAGAACAAGCUGCAGGCGGCCGAGACGCUCAAGAGGAACCUGCAGCAGCGGGUGCACGCCCUGGAGGCGAAUCACAAGCGUCUGCAGGGCGAGGUGGAGGAGCAGAGGCAGCAGCACACGCUCGCCGUCACCCGCCUCACGCUGCAGUGCCACGACAGCGAGUCGGCCCUCAAGGCCGAGCGGCAGAAGUCCACCGAGGAGAAGCGCAAGCUGGCGCAGCUGCAGGCUGCCUACAACCAGCUGUUCGCAAACUACGACGAGCUCAUCAAGGAGAUGGAGCAGCAGAAAAAAAUGAUGCCGGACCCUCGCGAGUCAAUGCGCCUGCACGAGCAGCUGCACGAGAGUGAGCAGGCGCUGCUCGACAAGCAGGAGCUCAUCGACAAGCUCAAGGGUGCUGUGGCCCGCAGCGAGGGCCAGCUGGAGACAAUGGCCGUGCUCAAGGCACAGGCCGAGAUUUUCAAGCUGGAUUUCGAAGCGGAGCGGACGGCUCGCGAGGAGAUGCACUGUGCGAAGGAGAAGCUGAAGGAGCAGCUGGCAGCCGUGCGGCUCGACAACGAGCGGAUCAAGGACGAGCUCGAGGCCUACACCAGAGGGCAUCUCCAAGAGAUGCAGAGACGCCACACGGGGCACUUCAUGCAGGACGAUCGAGAGGCUGCCCCUCUGCCCCAGCCCCUGCCGAUGCCCAACCCGCCCCCCGUGCAGCUGAACCAGAUGCAGCACACCUGCCCGAUUUGCAACUUCAACGCGCCCGACAUGGACACGCUGCAGAUCCACGUGCUCGACUGCAUCCAGUAGCUGCAACGGCAGGCCGGCGGGCCGGCGGGCCGCUCGUCGUGCCCGCUGCCCCCACCCCGUGCUCGUCGCCGCGGCCGUCCACCUUCACCGACGUGGUCACGUUAACGACGUUAAGAAUGCCGACGAUUCGGAGUCACGUUUCGAUUCAAGGUUUAGCCCUCGCGGUACAGUCAAGACUAGAGUAGCGCUGCGGAGUGCGUAGGAAGCCGUGGUGAGCUUUCGGAAUAGAAAGGCACAGGAAUGCCGAUUUUGAAUGUUCAAGAAUGUUAAGGCAAUUGCUGCAAUUCCCACGGCACUCGCCGCGUGUCGCCGGUCUGUGGUGUGGCGCGGCUGUGAGAGACCUCCACUCGAAUCGUGAGUAGUUCAGGACCCAAUUCGCAGUUGACUUAUCCCAUGAAAUGGAAAACCAACAGUGAUUAUGUUAUGAAUCGGCUUUCCCCGGCCAUAGAAACGUGGAAUUUCCACCCUAUUUCCUGAGUGGACUACACCGAGCAGUGCUUCCCCGUGCCGCACUUGGGCUGGUUGGUGACCGCUUGAGCCGGACAUCUCCCUUCUCUGGCGAGCGUGGCCCAGAGCCAGUGGUGGAAAUUCCACGUUGCUAUGGCAAGGGGGGUUUAGGCUUGCCUGAAGAUGCCCAAUGCUAAUUUUAACAAUCCCACGGGGACGAUGGUGUAUGGACUGGACCCUCAACCAGAUACCUGCGACUCUGUUGAGUGUUCCAACCAUGUGGCCGAUGGGCUACAUUUUAAAAUGAGUGAACAGUAAGACUUUAAGACUCGCGCAGCGUGAUUUUUUUGCAGUCCGUAAUAGUUUUUGAAACAUCGCUCGAAUUUAGGACGAAUGCAUUUUACCACGGACCAAACCCCAGAUGUCUUUCCCGGGCAGCCAAGGCACCGCACUGCCAAGGUUAACACGGCCCGAGCACCAGAUCUCGGCCCGAGAUGAAUGCCCAGCCGCCCCAACACAGAUGCCAAGUCCCAGACUCUCCGGGUCAAACCCAGGGCAGGUGGGUACCCCUGCUUGCAUUUUAACAUGCAGCAAGUCGGCUUUCGCGACGCUUUUAUUCGUAAUCAAAGUUUUGGGUCGGAUCGCGUGAAUAUAAAUGUGCCACUAACCCACCGCCACCCGACACAGACAAUUAGUAAGGUUUGUCACGUUAAGAGAGCGAUGCAUUAUUAUCCAGUGAAUGGUGUUUAAGGUGAUGAGAUGGGUGUUGUUAUUUACAUGGUUUUUAACUCAACAGAUAUCAAUUCUGGCACACCGCAUGCAUUGGUGUUUAAAUUCCAUUCCCGUCUUGGGAUGUUGGGUCGUUUUCCCGCAUGAACUUGAAUACCCUGGCAGCGUCUUCCUCGGGAUGUGGAACAUCAGGGGCCAAUCACUUGUGACCCUGGGCCAGUGGUGGAAAUUCAUUAUUGUCAGCAUAUGCUAGGUCGCAGCGGAGGAGGGAUGAUGAUGGCUCCAGUUCAUCCCCUAGCACAGGAUUCUAAUUACGCGACUGAUUAUUACAAUGAUGUGGAAUGUCUCGUGAACACGAAAGGAAUUGUGAGCAAUGCUUCGCCUGAAAUACAAUUACGUGGGAAAUAA